AUGGGCUGUGUUUGGGAUAAGCCAAAAGGACAUCAGGCACGAAAAUUCAUUCUCGAGGAGGCGGACAAACUUUUCAAGACCAAAGAAAAGGUUAAAUUGUCGCAGACAGCGUAUCAUCAAAUGGUUUCUCAUCAAGUUUACCUUCGAACCAGCCUCAGAUUUCAUGGUUAGUUUUUCAAAUCAUAUAAACUUGUGUUGUUAUUUGAAACAUUUACAGAGGAAGAUAUAAAACAGACACUGAGAUCCUAUCGAGAUGAUUUGCGACGAAAAUUGAAGGCUGCGAUUCUGGAUAAAAAAGUGAGUUUGGGGAAUGAUUUUUUUUUCAAACUGAUCAAGAGUGUCCAUCAUGCUUUUAGGAAUCGAUUAGCUAGAUUCAUUAGUGUUUGUAGAGGACUUUUAACUCUUGGGCAUCCAUGAAAACAUAAUUCGAAUUACUGUUUAUGUGUCUGCGAUAUUACGAGCAACUAGAUUGGGCACAACAAACAAGUUCAACUUUCAGCUCGACGAAAUGGACACCGAAGAAGAAUUGUGGACUUGGAAUCGGUACGGUUACUACAGACAGUACCGUAUAAAAAUGGCCGAUUCGGAGGCCAAGUGGAGGCGUCAGGCGGCGGGAAUCCAACUGUCCAGCGAUGAGAACAGCGAUGAUGAGAGCAGAUCCGAAUCGAGCGAAAAUUCGGAUUAUCAACAAAUUUUUAAAGAUGAACCGGACGAGAUACCACAGGAUAUACAAAGUCAUCUGGAUGAAUUGAUUGUUCAAAGUGAUCUACGUGUGAUAUCUAACGUUAAGCGUGAGACGCCUGAGCAGGUUGAGUUUAGCAAACCACUUUUGUAAGUUGUUAGAUAAUAUAGGAAAAAUAUGUAGCAAUCUUUUGUAUUUUUCAGCACGCACAAAAAAUUGGAUGACUCGAUUGCCGGCUCUUCACCGCCACGCAUCAAAUCCCCGAAUACAACUAACGAGAAGCGAAACGUUGCGGUACAAAACGAUGAAAAAAGUAACAUGGACCUUAUUAGCAUCCAAAGUCCGCUGGCAAACAGUGAAUGCCACUCUGUCGACUCGUCUCCUAACACUUUGUCAGUGAGAAAUUCAGAUUUGACAAAUAAAUUGGUGAGUGAAAAAAUUUGAAAUCAAAUCAAACAAUUGAAAUUUCAGGCUGUUGAGAACAAGGAAUUCCCUUUGGCAGGAGAGCUCUUCUUCUUAGAGAUGCAAAUCAGAAGAAUCAAUGAACUAGCGCCAGAUCAAAUUCAAUUGGUUCGAGAUCUUCUUCUCAACAUGACUAGCCCGUUUUUCGAUGCCAGAAAACCGCAAAAUACUUUGGAGAUUGUACAGAGAUUGCUCCAUAAAUUCAAACAACAGUCGCCUCAGUAA